UAAACUCUACGGUGAUGGGUGAAAGUUUGCACUUUCUGUCAGCCCUGCGCUCCAGAGAGAGAGAGAGAGCGGAGAGAGAGAGAGAGGCAGUGAGUGGGGAGAGAUAACCAAGGGACAAUUUGUUAAGUCCCUAUCCUACACUUUUAAAAAGUGUUGCCUCCCCUUUGAGAAGACAGAAUGGAGAACGCACACACUAAGGAUUCGGAAGAAUGCCUGGCCUACUUCAGCGUGAAUGAGACCACAGGCCUUUCUCCAGACCAGGUGAAGAGAAGCCAAGAAAAGUAUGGAUUCAACGAGCUCCCCGCCGAGGAGGGUAAGACCAUCUGGGAGUUGGUGGUUGAGCAGUUUGAAGAUCUCUUAGUCAGGAUCUUGCUUUUGGCUGCCUGCAUUUCUUUUGUUCUGGCCUUGUUUGAGGAAGGCGAGGAAACCGUCACUGCCUUUGUCGAGCCUUUUGUCAUCCUUCUAAUCCUUAUCGCCAAUGCUGUGGUCGGAGUGUGGCAGGAGCGCAAUGCAGAGAGUGCCAUCGAGGCUCUGAAGGAAUACGAGCCCGAGAUGGGAAAAGUGUACCGUGCUGACAGAAAGAGCGUACAGAUGAUCAAGGCCAGAGAGAUCGUUCCUGGAGACGUUGUGGAAGUGUCAGUUGGUGAUAAAGUCCCUGCUGAUAUCAGAAUCACUGCCAUCCGCUCUACAACCCUCCGUGUGGACCAGUCUAUCCUCACUGGUGAGUCUGUAAGUGUAAUCAAACACACAGAUGCUGUUCCUGACCUCAGGGCUGUCAACCAGGACAAGAAGAACAUGCUUUUCUCUGGCACUAACAUCGCCGCUGGCAAAGCCAUCGGAGUUGUGGUCGCCACCGGCGUCUCCACUGAAAUCGGUAAGAUCCGCGAUCAGAUGGCCGCCACCGAGCAGGAGAAGACCCCUCUGCAGCAGAAGCUUGAUGAGUUUGGUGAGCAGCUCUCUAAAGUUAUCUCCCUCAUCUGCGUGGCUGUCUGGCUCAUAAACAUCGGACACUUCAACGACCCCGUGCACGGAGGCUCCUGGAUCCGAGGUGCCGUCUACUACUUCAAGAUCGCCGUGGCCCUCGCUGUGGCCGCCAUCCCUGAGGGUCUGCCCGCUGUCAUCACUACCUGCCUGGCUCUGGGAACUCGCCGUAUGGCUAAGAAAAACGCCAUUGUCCGUUCUCUUCCCUCUGUAGAAACUCUGGGCUGCACCUCUGUCAUCUGCUCAGACAAGACUGGCACUCUCACCACCAACCAGAUGUGUGUCACUAAGAUGUUUGUCAUUGAGAAGGUGGAUGGUGAAUCUGUAUCACUUGACCAAUAUGACAUCUCUGGAUCCAAGUACACCCCAGAAGGAGAAGUGACUAAGGCUGGACGUCCUGUCAAGUGUGGCCAGAACGAUGGCCUUGUUGAACUGGGAACCAUUUGCGCCUUGUGCAAUGACUCCUCUUUGGACUACAACGAGUCUAAAGGCAUCUUUGAGAAGGUCGGUGAGGCCACAGAGACAGCUCUGUGCUGUCUGGUCGAAAAGAUGAACGUGUUCAACACUGAUGUCCGUGGCCUGUCCAAGGUGGAGAGAGCCAACGCAUGCUGCUCCGUAAUUAAACAGCUGAUGAAGAAGGAAUUUACUCUGGAGUUCUCCCGUGACAGAAAGUCUAUGUCCGUCUACUGCUCACCCGCAAAGGCCUCCAAGGCCCCUGUUGGAAACAAGAUGUUUGUCAAGGGUGCUCCUGAGGGUGUGAUUGACAGGUGUGCCUAUGUGCGUGUCGGAACCAACCGUGUGCCCCUGACUGGCCCAGUUAAGGAUAAAAUCCUGUCUGUGAUCAAAGAAUGGGGUACCGGCCGUGAUACCCUGCGCUGUCUGGCCCUGGCAACCCGUGACAACCCUCUGAGACCAGAGGAGAUGAACCUGGAAGACUCCACCAAGUUUGGUGACUACGAGACUGAUCUCACCUUUGUGGGUUGUGUUGGUAUGCUGGAUCCCCCUCGUAAAGAGGUCAUGGGCUCUAUUGAGCUUUGCAAGGCUGCCGGUAUCCGUGUGAUCAUGAUCACUGGUGAUAACAAGGGCACUGCUGUGGCUAUCUGCCGUCGUAUUGGCAUCUUCACUGAGGAUGAGGACGUUACUGGCCGUGCCUUUACAGGCCGUGAGUUUGAUGACCUGCCACUGCCCCAACAGAGAGAGGCUGUGCGUAAAGCCUGUUGUUAUGCCCGUGUUGAGCCCUCACACAAGAGCAAAAUCGUCGAGUUCCUUCAGGGAUUUGAUGAGAUCACUGCCAUGACUGGUGAUGGUGUGAAUGAUGCUCCCGCUCUGAAGAAAGCAGAGAUUGGUAUUGCUAUGGGCUCUGGCACUGCUGUUGCCAAGUCAGCCUCUGAGAUGGUCUUGGCUGAUGAUAACUUCUCCAGCAUUGUGGCUGCUGUUGAAGAGGGCAGAGCCAUUUACAACAACAUGAAGCAAUUCAUCCGCUACCUCAUCUCCUCCAACGUCGGAGAGGUCGUGUGUAUCUUCCUGACUGCUGCUCUUGGCCUUCCCGAGGCUCUGAUCCCAGUUCAGCUCCUGUGGGUUAACUUGGUUACUGAUGGUCUUCCUGCCACCGCUUUGGGCUUCAACCCACCUGAUCUGGACAUCAUGGGCAAGGCUCCCCGCUCUCCUAAAGAGCCCCUCAUCUCUGGAUGGCUCUUCUUCAGAUACCUGGCUAUUGGAGGUUAUGUUGGUGCUGCAACGGUCGGUGCUGCUGCCUGGUGGUUCAUAUACUCCGAGGACGGACCCAUGGUCUCCUUCUACCAGCUGUCCCACUUCAUGCAAUGCACAGAAGACAAUGAAGACUUUGCCGGCAUUGAGUGUGAAGUAUUUGAAGCCGCCCCACCCAUGACCAUGGCUCUGUCUGUGCUGGUCACCAUCGAGAUGUGCAACGCCCUUAACAGCUUGUCGGAGAAUCAGUCUCUGCUGCGUAUGCCUCCAUGGAGCAACUUGUGGCUGGUCGGAGCCAUGACUCUCUCCAUGUCUCUGCACUUCAUGAUCAUCUACGUGGACCCUCUGCCCAUGAUCUUCAAACUAACCCAUCUCAGCCUGGAACAGUGGAUUGUGGUAAUGAAGCUUUCCCUUCCAGUCAUCCUUAUCGACGAGGUGCUCAAGUUUGUCGCUCGCAACUACCUGGAGCAGAGAGACGAAAAUCUGGUGUCCAAAAAGUGGAACUGAGAAACAGAAGAGAAUGAGGAACAUCUGAUCACUCCUAAUUGAAAAAGAAAUCUUGCCAGGAGUGGAUCACUGUGAAUCAGUGAAAUCACGCAUAAAAACGUACAACCUUACAGAACAAAGGAAAAAAAUAUUUAAGUGUUAUGUAUAUGUAUUAAGACUUAAUUUAAUAAAUAUUGUUAUGGACAGUAUAUUCUACUGAUAAUGCUAUUCUUAAAAUAAAGAUGUGUAUUUAAAAUAAA